AUGGAAGAAUCGACAAACAAAUUCAUCCCCGAGUACCGCCGGACCAACUUCAAAAACAAGUCGCGUUUCCAGAGCGAUGAGUUGAGACGCCGUCGUGAAACCCACCAGGUGGACUUGAGAAAACAGAAACGUGAGGACGUUUUGGCCAAAAGAAGAAACUACAAUGACACGGGUGCAAUGGCCAACGACUCCGAGGACGAGGACGACUUGGGUGAUUUGGCCUCGGGCACACGUGAGGACUCCUUCUUUGGCAAGUUGCAGCAGGACUUGCCCAAAAUGAUGGAGAUGAUCCACCUGAACAACUUUGAGAACCAGUUGGCUGCAACCAUCAAGUUUCGUCAGGUGUUGCUGAGAGAACACAACCCGCCAAUAGACCUUGUGAUCCAGCUGGGCGUGAUCCCCACGCUUGUGGAGUUUAUGAAGGACGGUCAGCCCGACAUGUUGCAAUUGGAGGCUGCGUGGGCUUUGACCAAUAUUGCCUCUGGUACGAGUGACCAGACCCAGGUUGUUGUGGAGCUGGGCGCCGUGCCUUGUUUUGUGCAAUUGUUGUACUCGCAGUCGUUGGAGGUGAAGGAGCAGGCCAUCUGGGCCUUGGGUAACGUGGCGGGUGAUUCUACUUCUUACAGAGACUUUGUGUUGCAAAGCGGCGCCAUGGAGCCUGUGUUGAGUCUCUUCAACUCCGUCAAGAUGUCGUUGAUCAGAACCGCCACGUGGACGUUGUCGAACUUGUGCCGUGGUAAGAGCCCCCAGCCAGAAUGGUCGGUUGUUCAGCAGGCUAUUCCCACGUUGGCCAAGUUGAUCUUUUCUGUCGACACCGAAACGCUUGUGGACGCGUGCUGGGCCGUUUCGUACUUGAGUGACGGUCCUUCCGAGGCUAUCCAGGCCGUCAUCGACGCCAGAAUCCCCCACCGCUUGGUCGACUUGUUGAGCCACGAGCUGACUUUGGUCCAGACUCCAGCUUUGCGUGCCAUUGGUAACAUCGUCACCGGUAACGACAUGCAGACGCAGGUGAUGAUCAACGCGGGUGUCUUGCAGCACUUGACGCCCUUGUUGAACUCUCCUAAGGAGACUUUGCGUAAGGAGGCCUGCUGGACCAUCUCCAACAUCACUGCGGGUAACGCCGAGCAAAUCCAGGCUGUCAUUGACCUGAACUUGAUUCCUCCAAUCAUCCGUUUGUUAGCCCAGGGCGACUACAAAACCAAGAAAGAGGCCUGUUGGGCCAUCUCCAACGCCCUGUCUGGUGGCUUGACGAAUCCAGAGCAAAUAAGAUACCUUGUGAACCAGGGCUGCAUCAAGCCCUUGUGUGACUUGCUCGCGGUGGCAGACUCCAAGAUCAUCGAGGUGACGUUGGACUCGUUGAUGAACAUUUUGAAGGUGGGCGAGUUGGACAAGGACCAGAAACAGGCCGCCAACAACGAGUACGCCAUCUACAUCGAGGAGGCCGGCGGCAUGGAGAAGAUCUUCAACUGCCAGGCCAACUCCAACGUCCAGAUUUACAACAAGGCCUACGGCAUCAUUGAGAAGUACUUUGGUGACGAGGAGGACGACGGCAACUACGAAAACGGCUUGCAGCCUGAAACCUACGGUGAUUCGUUCGGUUUCGGCGUGCAGAACAACCAGAACUUCCUGUUCUAG